AGCCCGUCAACAGAUUUCCUUGAUAUCUCUUAAUCUCUUUACUUUCACACCACAACACUUAACUGAUCCUUUCUCUCAUCCUCAAACGCUGCAAGCAGCACACCACACAAAAUACAGAAUGGCUCAAACCAUGCUGCUUACUUCGGGAGUUUCUGCGAACCAAUUCUUAAGGAACAAGAACCCUCUCGCUCAGCCCAAAGUUCACCAUUUCUUCCUCUCGGGAAACUCUCAUGUUGUUCUACCAUCUCGAAGACCGUCAUUAGUACCUCUUGCCAUCUUCAAACCCAAAACCAAAGCUGCUCCCAAAAAGGUUGAGAAGGUGAAGCCAAAGGUUGAAGACGGUAUCUUCGGAACAUCUGGUGGGAUAGGUUUCACGAAGCAGAACGAGCUCUUUGUCGGUCGCGUUGCUAUGAUCGGUUUCGCUGCAUCGUUGCUGGGUGAGGCGUUGACAGGGAAAGGUAUAUUAGCACAGUUGAAUCUGGAGACAGGGAUACCGAUUUACGAAGCAGAGCCAUUGCUUCUCUUCUUCAUAUUGUUCACUCUGUUGGGUGCUAUCGGAGCUCUUGGGGACAGAGGAAAAUUCGUCGACGAUCCUCCCACUGGACUUGAGAAAGCCGUCAUUCCUCCCGGCAAAGGCGUCCGAUCUGCCCUCGGUCUUAAAGAACAAGGUCCAUUGUUUGGGUUCACGAAGGCAAACGAGUUGUUCGUAGGAAGAUUGGCACAGUUGGGAAUAGCAUUUUCAUUGAUAGGAGAGAUUAUAACCGGGAAAGGAGCCUUGGCUCAACUCAACAUUGAGACUGGUAUUCCAAUUCAAGAUAUUGAACCCCUCGUCCUCUUAAACGUUGCUUUCUUCUUCUUUGCUGCCAUUAAUCCUGGUAAUGGAAAGUUCAUUACUGAUGAUGGUGAAGAAAGCUAAACUCUUUAUGUACUUAAAAUUUGUGGUUUGUGAGCCCAUCUUCAUGUUGAGACAAAAGGACAUGGACAGCUUAAACUUUUGUAAUUCUUAAAGCCUCUUGUUUUUACUUGAAUUUUCAGAUUAUAUAUAGUUUCACAACCACCUAA